ACCCAGGUUCAACCGCGCGCGCCGCGCGCGCACGUCGAAUCAUCGCCCGCCCGGUGUUUCGGGGACACACGGUAUACGUCGCUAUAUACGCAUCGCGCGGCCGGGGCCGACGUGACUUGUUCAGUGACAAUCAUGGCUGGAAUAAAUCCUUAUAAGGGUCUACUAAAAUCCAUCAAAAUCGGAUUAAAGGACUGCCAGUACUACGACAUUGGCAGUUUUGGCACAAAAUAUGACGCAUUACCAUUUUCCAUCCGAGUUCUUUUGGAGAGCGCCGUGCGCAACUGUGACAAUUUCCAAGUGACAAAGGCCGAUGUUGAGAAAAUUCUGGACUGGGAAAAUAACCAAGCCGUUCAGGAUGGAGUCGAAGUGGCCUUUAAGCCGGCGAGGGUCAUAUUGCAGGACUUUACUGGGGUACCGGCAGUCGUGGAUUUUGCUGCGAUGAGAGACGCCGUGAAGAGACUGAGCGGUGAUCCUGAUAAGAUUAAUCCAGUCUGCCCAUCGGACCUCGUAAUCGAUCAUUCGAUACAGGCCGAUUUUACGAGGAGCAAUGAUGCGAUAAAAAAGAAUGAGGAACUUGAAUUUGAGAGAAACAAGGAGCGCUUCAUGUUUCUCAAGUGGGGCGCAAAGGCGUUUAAGAAUAUGUUGAUCGUACCUCCCGGAAGCGGCAUCGUGCAUCAGGUGAAUCUGGAGUACCUGGCGAGAGUGGUAUUCGACUCCGACAACCUUCUGUAUCCCGACAGCGUGGUCGGCACUGAUUCUCACACUACCAUGGUCAACGGUCUGGGUGUACUCGGAUGGGGGGUUGGUGGUAUCGAGGCGGAGGCUGUUAUGCUUGGUCAAGCGAUCUCCAUGUUAAUACCAAAAGUCGUGGGAUACAAAUUGGACGGUGCAUUAAAUCAAUAUGCCACGUCCACUGAUCUUGUCCUGACUAUUACAAAGAAUCUUCGACAAAUCGGAGUGGUUGGGAAAUUCGUCGAGUUCUUCGGGCCAGGCGUAGCGCAGCUGAGUAUCGCGGACCGUGCUACUAUUUCCAACAUGUGUCCAGAAUAUGGCGCAACCGUGGGCUUCUUCGCAGUGGAUCAACAAAGCUUAGCAUAUCUCAAGCAAACGGGCCGGUCCGAGGAACACAUUGAUAAGAUUGAGAAGUAUCUUAAAAACGUACGCAUGCUGAGGAAUUAUGAUGACCCGAGUCAAGAUCCAGUCUUCUCCGAGGUGGUCACUUUGGAUUUGAACACCGUGGUUUCGAGUGUCAGCGGACCCAAGAGACCCCAUGACAGAGUUUCGGUGUCCGACAUGCAAAUAGAUUUCAGGAAUUGCCUUGUGAACAAGGUAGGCUUCAAAGGCUACGGUUUAACCCCGGCGAAGGUGGACGCCGUAGGGAAAUUUAAAUACGAGGGAAAAGAAUACGAAUUGAAACAUGGCUCGGUAGUCAUCGCGGCUAUUACCAGCUGCACGAAUACCAGCAACCCUAGCGUUAUGCUAGGAGCAGGCCUCCUUGCUAAAAACGCAGUGGAAGCUGGCUUGAGCGUUGAGCCAUUUGUAAAAACGUCAUUGUCACCGGGCUCUGGAGUCGUUACUUAUUAUCUCCAGGAAAGCGGUGUAAUUCCGUAUCUGACGAAGUUAGGAUUCGACAUCGUGGGUUACGGAUGUAUGACCUGUAUUGGAAACAGCGGUCCGCUUCCUGACGCUAUAGUCGAUGCUAUUGAAAAGAAUGAGCUCGUUUGCUGUGGAGUUCUAUCAGGCAAUAGAAACUUUGAAGGCAGAGUUCAUCCAAACACCCGGGCGAAUUACUUAGCGUCUCCGCUGCUGGUAAUAGCAUAUGCCAUUGCCGGCACUGUGGACUUUGACUUUGAGAAGCAGCCACUAGGUCACAAAGCCGAUGGGACUCCAAUACUUUUGCAAGAUAUCUGGCCGACUAGAGCGGAGAUUCAAGCCGUCGAGCAGAAGUACGUCAUUCCAGCAAUGUUCAAAGAAGUCUACGGUAAAAUCGAGCAUGGCAGCAGCAAUUGGGCAAGUUUGGUAGCACCUGAUGGCAAACUGUAUCCGUGGGAUCUUAAUUCUACGUACAUCAAAAACCCACCCUAUUUCGAUGACUUGCAGAAGGAGUUGCCUCCAAUAAAAUCAAUCACGAAGGGGCGAGUGCUCGUAUAUCUUGGUGAUUCCGUUACAACUGAUCAUAUUAGCCCAGCGGGCAGUAUCGCGCGUAAUUCGCCAGCGGCGAGAUAUCUAGCUAAUCGAGGCUUAACGCCGAAAGAUUUCAAUUCUUACGGCUCGCGCAGAGGAAAUGACGCCGUGAUGGCGCGGGGCACAUUCGCUAACAUUCGUCUCGUGAAUAAAUUCAUUGGUAAAGCGGGACCACGAACGAUCUACAUUCCAACUAACGAAGAGAUGGACGUAUUCGACGCGGCCGAGAAAUACUCGAAAGACGGGACGCCUCUGAUCGCCCUGGUUGGCAAGGAAUACGGAUCCGGAUCUUCCAGAGAUUGGGCCGCCAAAGGACCGUAUCUACUCGGUAUUCGGGCGGUCAUAGCAGAGUCGUAUGAAAGAAUACACAGAUCCAAUCUUGUGGGUAUGGGUAUUGUUCCACUGCAAUAUCUUCCUGGAGAAAACGCAGAGACCCUGGGAUUAACGGGUUACGAACAGUACGACAUCGCGAUCCCCGCGAAUUGCCAACCCGGAGAAAAGAUCACCGUGAAGACGGAUAACGGCAAGAAAUUCGAAGUAAUUGCGCGAUUCGAUACGGAAGUUGACUUGACUUACUUCAAACACGGCGGUAUUCUCAACUACAUGAUUCGCACGAUGCUCUGAUGAGUGAUAUAAGAAAAGAGAAUAUAAGUGAUCCUUUUAGGAGAUUACUUAAUGAGAUACUUAAUAUUGGUUUUGGGAUGUAAGGUGUAUCUCUUCUAAACAAGAGUUGAGUUUUAAGUACGAAGAAAAUGCGAGGAAGAGUAGGACACUUUGCAGGCGCUAUUGUAAUAAAUGCUUAUUAUUUGUUUCAUCUAAAAUAUUUAACAUGGCAUUUGCAAUAUUUGUAUACAGCACGCCAUUAACAUAUUUAUUUUUCAUAUUUCAAAAUUCCUCUAAGUUUUUCCAUUAUAAUUUUAGAGGAAGUAGUUCAAAGUUAAACGGGGCGCAAAGUUUAUUAAUCGAUUGAACCCUUUGCCGCCGUUAUUCGAAAACAUUGUUUUUUUUAUAUUUUAUAAUCGUUAUAUAUCUUAUAUAUGUAUGGGGAAAACUAUAUCUUCGCUUUUGUGUAUGCAUCGCAAUGAUAAUAAAUUGUUGCAAUACA